GCCACGAGUAUUCAAAGUUGGCCAUGUUGGGUAUGUGUGCCAUGUUUGCUCCAGAUACAUCAUCAGACCAACAUGAUCAACAGAAAAUGGAAUCCUAGGAUUUGCCAUUUAUAAGGUGGUACUUAGAAUUAUCUUCAGAGAGCUCUAGUGCAACGCUAAACUACAAACUUUAGGAUUCCAUAGGAUGCAGCAAUGACAGUUAAAGUAGAAUCAGUGUGGAAAGGCACAGAUAGGAGAGGCAGAGGCAGAGGAAAGGCCAAAGAUUUGGAAAGAGGCAAACUAAACUAGAAAGUGGGUAUGCCUGGUAUUCAUUGACAUACAAACCUGGAGGUAGAUCAGAGGCAUAGGCUACUCGGGGAAGACCAAGCAAACACAAUCAUAUUAUGUUGCCUGCACUGCCCAGGGAUGGAUCCUGAACUGCCUGGGGAUGAAUCCUGGUUGGUGAAAACUGAAGGAGUUCCCUUGCCCAGACAAACUACAGAGAAGUGGGAUCAAAUAUCAGCUUUCCAAGCUCGACCUGAUGAUCUCCUCAUCUGCACCUUCCCCAAAUCUGGAACUAGUUGGAUCCAGGAAAUUGUAGAUAUAAUUCUGCAUGGAGGUGACCUACAAAAAUGCGAUCAGCUCCCCAUCUAUGAACGGAGUCCGUUCAUAGAGCUGUUCCUUCCCAAACCUGUUGUAUCAGGUGUUGAUGAAGCAGAGGCAAUGCCCUCCCCGAGGGUGCUGAAAACUCACCUUCCGGCCCCGCUCCUGCCACCUUCUUUCUGGAAGCAAAAUUGUAAGAUGAUUUAUUUGGCCAGGAAUGUCAAGGAUAAUGCUGUCUCUACCUUCAACUUCCAUCGCAUGAACAAACUUCUUCCCAAUCCUGGAGACUGGAAUAAUUUUCUGGAGGAUUUCAUUGCUGGGAGGUGCUGGUAUGGCUCAUGGUUCGACCAUGUUUGUGGUUGGUGGGAAGCUAAAAACCACCAUCCAAUUCUGUACCUGUUCUAUGAAGACAUGAAAGAGAACCCAGCUCAAGAAAUCCGGAAAGUAGCUGAGUUCUUGAGGUUUGAACUCUCAGAAUUGGUUCUGAGCCAGAUUGUGCAACACACUGCAUUUAAGAGCAUGAAAGCAAAUGAAAUGACUAAUUUCACCACCCUGCCUUCCUCCAUCCUGGACCACUCUGUGUCAUCCUACAUGAGGAAAGGUACUGUAGGAGACUGGAAGAAACAUUUCACAGUAGCUCAAAGUGAAUGGUUGGAUACCAUUUGUGCUCAGAAACUGAAGAAUGGCCCGAGCUUCCGCACACAGCUAUAAACUGAUUUAUCUCUCCAACCAAGAACUAUUGUCACUGCGAUAUGACUGUACAGCUGGGUAGAGUCACCUAAGUACCUUCCUCUAGUGCACAGUUGCCUUUCUGUCCAUUCCAGACUAACUGCUACACAGUGGAACAAAGAGGAACAGCUGUUUAGAAUUCAUAUAAGAUUUUCUGCUGUUGGUUGAAAAAGACAGAAAUGAACAAUAAAAUGCAAUACUUGUAGCAAUGUA